AUGGUUUCACUUGACACGUUGGACAGUCUAUAUUGUGUGAUGUCUAUCAAUAAGAUGACGUUCCAGCAAUACAUUCAAGUCCCUGGGGUGGUUGUAUACUUGCUCAAGUACCUCAUUUCGGAUCAAGGGUCGGACUCACCUCACCAGGCUAACCUGGCCCAAAUAGCUAUUUUUAACGUGAUGGGGGUCACUGCCAGCCCUGUAGGACCCUAUUAUUAUAGUCAUCUCGCCAAGCCUCGGCUGAGGCCAGUCCUAUGCUCCUGGAAGCUUAAGAGCACUUUUUUCAGUGUUUCCGUGGAUUUACCUUCUCCGAGCGCGAAAAAGUACUAUGAUAAGCUUGAUAAUAUACUGAUACAAUACACCGCGCUGGCACUACACCCGGGCUACGGUUGGUCAUGGUUUGAAGAGACUUGGGCUGACCAGAAUACUUGGAUCAAUAAGGCCAAGGCUAUGCCACUUCGCCGCCUACUAAGAAGCCCCGGUUUCACGAAAGUUACUACCGAGGCGACGGCGAUGAGUAUACUACUGCGAGGCUACAGAGGAAGCUAUAGCCAACUCGGCCAGCAUGUUCCUAGGGGACGGCGCCGGCGAGGUUGGCGAUAG